AUGAGGAGGCGGUCACAUUACAUGAGGAAGCCGUCAGGUUACAUGAGGAGGCCGUCACAUUACAUGAGGAGGCCGUCACGAAUAUACCUGACAGUAACCAUGGGGAUGACCUCUUUAUCAAUAAUUCUCGUGGUAUUCGUUCUCCAACUACACCACGUAGGACCACAUCAACGACCCGUUCCAAGAUGGCUGAGGUUUAUAUGCGUAGAAAUUCUAGCGCGUAUAAUGUGCAUGCGCACUUCGCAGAUUCCGGCAUCUUACAGCAAUGACUUUCGCAAAGAUGACAUGUGCCUCACAACUUUCUUCGAGAACGUUGACGGACAUAAUUGCAACGGAAAUCUUCCACAAAAUACUUUAAAAUACCACGAUAAAAUCAUAGAUGUGGAAAGAGACACCACACAUAGAAGGAUUACUAAACACCUAAAAGUUUUAGUUGAAAAACAAGACUUUGAUGACCAUCACCAAGACAUUGUGAAUGAGUGGCGGUUUGUGGCAUUAGUAAUGGACAGGAUUCUAUUCUGGGUGUUCCUGUUUGCUUCUUUAAUCUCCUCAAUAAUGAUAUUAGUUGUUGAACCAAUGCGAAAACCACCGGUGUGAUGACAGUACAACGUUUUUGUUGUGUGUAUAUAUAACAGUAACUACAAAUUAUCAAAAACGCAUUACAAACAAGGGAUACUUUAAUGGAUACCAUCUUAUUACCUCCCCUUUCAAUGACUAUCUCACACGUUGCGUCAUAACAAACGAAUAAUUAUAUAUUUAUCGCAAGUUGUAUUCUUUAUUUUUCCAUAAUUCAAAACGCUGCUCAACACUUCGUGGCGUCGCGCUGUGUCCAAAUAUUGAAACUGAAAUAAAUACUGAACAAAGGACAUUUAAUAGGGGUGACAAAACCUGUUUAAGAUACAUGCUAUUUAUAUGUAAUUACGUCUAGACAUGUUGGACCACAUUUAUAUAUAUUUCUACAAAUUUCAGUAAAAUGUAUUUAGAAAAACAAACCAAUAAGGGAGGUAAUCCGGUAUAGUGUCAUGCCUUGUAGGCGUCGCUUUGCCUACCUCGAUAGAGGUGUCCAUCUUAUAUAAAAGUGACGUUACCACCACAGAUAUGCAUGACUAGUACGAGAAGUGUGAAUGCAAUGUUAUAAACGAGACAUCAACAUUUUGCAAAUGAAUUAUUGCGAAUGUAUAAAAUUACAAAAUAAUGAAAUGGCUGUGUCAGAGAACAUGCGACAGAAUGAGUAUAUAUGUGACAUCAGGUGAGUAGUUAUUGUACUUGGAUAACAGAAUGAGUAUAUGUGUGACAUAAGGUGAAUAGUUAUUGUACUGGGAUAACAGAAUGAGUAUAUAUGUGACAUCAGGUGAGUAGUUAUUGUACUGGGAUAACAGAAUGAGUAUAUGUGUGACAUCAGGUGAGUAGUUAUUGAACUGGGAUAACUGAAUGAGUAUAUGUGUGACAUCAGGUGAGUAGUUAUUGUACUGGGAUAACAGAAUGAGUACAUGUAUAUGUGUGACAUCAGGUGAGUAGUUAUUGUACUGGGAUAACAGAAUGAGUAUAUGUGUGACAUAAGGUGAAUAGUUAUUGUACUGGGAUAACAGAAUGAGUAUAUGUGUGACAUCAGGUGAGUAGUUAUUGUACUGGGAUAACAGAAUGAGUAUAUUUGUGACAUCAGGUGAGUAGUUAUUGUACUGGGAUAAUUUCUAGAUCCGUCAGUAAAGGUUGUAUCGACACUAUUAACACGUUCGACAUUGUCGGCACGAAUACUGACCUGCCAGAGACAGCCAGUACGAGUAAACUAUUCGUGUACAUCAUACGUACACGUGCAGUUUAGUGAAAUGUGUGUACUAUUGCGUGCGUCAUCAUCAUUUGUAUAUAUAACGUUACCAUUUACCUUUUGAAUGAUCAGUAUCAUAAAUGCAAUAGGAUACCGUGAGAUUAUUGUUCGGUGGUGUUGUACGGACUCAUAUAUUGUUCUAUUUUGCAAAUGUACAUUCUGCAUAUAGAUAGAUCUGUUUGUUUCAAACGGUAUGAUAACAUUUAUAUUUUUAUUUUUUUUCAAAUUUGGAAUAAUAAUCAAAUUAUGUUUAUUUUAAGUGUUAUUCAUUUGAUGCAAAAUAUCUAUAAUUUCAUAAACGAAGUUUGAAACAGAACAAAUGUAUGUCGACGUGACCUUGCAAGUAUACAUGUAUACAGAUUACGCUCGGUUUUUAUUUUCCUAUAUCUUAAUAAUUCAUUUUUUAUUUGUAUUAGUCAUUACCUACUUCUGUAAGAAAGUAAAACAUACAACUGGCAAAAUGAUAAUAGAUGAUAUCAAACACUAUUUAUUUAGCGUCGUAGGAUGUUUAUGAAAUUCCUGUAGUGAGUUAAAUAGUGUAGUGUUUAAACACCCACAUAUUAGAAUAACUUGGUAUACCUUCAAAAACGUAUUUACAAAGUCAUUUUCUGUAAUCAUUCCCGAUUCCUUAAUUACACACCAUAGUUUAACGGAAAUUUCUCUGUUCUUUAUUCGAAAAGUGACAACCAAGGAGGAUAUUUGAACUACGAUCUCGACUUACUUUAACUGCGGAUAUAUCUUACUAGAUGUUAUUAUGUACUGAUUUAUUAUAGAACCUUAAGCCCAGAAAGGGAUAGCAUAGGUUUGUUUUAAUUGUUGAUCUAAUGAAAACAAUACCAGAGGAUAAGAUAAAUGUAUUACUUAAGUAAACCUUUUUAUUUGUAAAGCCUUUUGUUUACUUGGCGUUUAUUUUCAAUUUCAUUUCCUUCUCUGAAAAUGACUUUUCACUUCAUUUGGUAGUACUCUGACUGGUAGAUUUCUAAAGUUCGAGUGUGCUUUGCGUGUGUGGUUGAAAGAAAAUAACUAAUCUUUUAAUACAUUUUUGUCUAGUCGGCCAUUUUGUGUUGAUGACGAAUGCAAGGACCGCAGUAUGUUAUUGUGUACAGCCCUUUAUGCAGCUGCAUGGACGAUAUAGACGAGUUUUAGUUUCUUCCUAAGUCUUUUGAUAUAAAGACUAAUGAGUAUCGCCCUAAGGGUCAUCAUCUAGAUUUACUUAUUUUCUUGAAAUAUAUGUAAACUGUUUAGCCGGGUUAGUUCUUUUGUGUAAAUUAUGUGGAUUUGAAUGCGCCUCGAAUGAGACUAUUUUGUAAAGUAUCGUCACGAGUUGUGUCAGUUGAAGGCCAGGCAUUAUUCUAAAUAACCUAACACUUCUAGGCUCACUGUUUAAAAGUCAGCCUGUGUUUGUUAAUGUGUUUCGGUGAAUAUUUUAAGUAACCUGAAUGUUUGUUAUGAUUAUUUUCAUAGUAGAAGAUUGACGAUCUGUUGUACGUAAUGCAGUAAGUGUUAAAUGACAAAUAAGCUAGAAGUAUCAGGCUCUAAGAUUGACCAUUUGUUCUGUAGACUGGAGACAUACACAUAUAUCAUUCUACUAAUGUUACUUUGUAUAGGUUAAGAAUUAUUGUAUACCAGAUAUGGAGUGUAACAUAUAAAUAUAAACAGGGGAGAAAUAACCUAAGACACUGUUAUUAUCUGUCUUCAUCAUAUAGGCGACAUCAAAAAUGAAAAUUGAAACUGAAUUAAAACACCAGAUGAUACUGUCUCCGGCAAGGGUACAUAUUUCCCAGCCUUUGUCAUUCUUUUGUUCGAAGGCACAGACUAAGAUUUUUGCAGCUGCUUCUUUAAGUAACUUCUAACACAUUGACACAUGGCUGCUUACAAGGCGAAUUUUCAAAAAUACCAAUAGAAGGGUAGGUAUUGAAAGCAAUUUAAAGAAUUUGCAAUAUUUUAGGAAAAUUACAAUAUGUAACAACGUACUAGUAAAUUCUAUGUAAACUAAUUUUAAUAAAACAUUCCUCAUAAAUGUAAACAACAACAACAAAAAUGAAAUUAUAGAAGCUGAUCUUAGCCACAAAACAUCACACAACUAUUCAUAAGUUUAAACUAUUGACCUUUCUUUUUAAUAUUAAAUAUCUAUUGGGUUUGAAAUUUAAAUCCAAAUUUCAUAAUCAUUCCUUGUUUAUCAGAAACAAAUUGAUGAUUGAAAAACAAUUUUGGCUGGUCAACCUUAGUUAACAAUUGUGUGAAGUAUAAUUGCAAUAGGUGUGUGCACGUGUUUUCACACGGCGUGUGUCAGGUAUACCGUUUGGUUGAAAUCGUGACGACGUCCGAUGCAUGUUGUCUGAAGGUGCUUUCUUAAAUUGUUGGAGAAUGCGAGAACACUGGCCGAAACAUGUAAAUUAAACUGCUGUUCACAUUUUAU